UUGGAGGCAGCUGCAACCGCGGGAGCGGCUACAACUUCUUUUACAGCGCUAGUACCAUCACCGCUCUUCUUUUCCUUCUUCUUUUUCUUCUUCCCCUCAUCCUGCUUCCCCUUGCCUUUGUCAGAAGAUUGACCAGUCGGCUUGAGGUUGGGAUACUUCUUGUAGCAGGAUGCCGCAACGUGACCGGACUUGUUGCAAUGAGUGCAGCGGGUGGCAAGGGACGGAACGGUGGAAAUCUUCGAGUUCGACGUCGUGUCGAGGUUCUCGAUCUUGAUAUUCCCUAUGACGCUGUUCUUGACAUCGACUGGGUUCAGAGAAGCGAUAGGACGAUUGGCCAGGUAAGAGGUGACAAAACCUCUGCUGGAAGCGGGCAAAGCGGCGAGCAUUAGAGUUGCGAAGAGGUAGUCAGGGAUCUCGAUUCCUCCUUCCGAACACUGGCGACGACGAGUCUCCAUUUCCAUGAUUUGCUUUUCAAUGGUAUCACCACCGUGGAAGGUGGUGGUGUUCAGGAGGCGGUACUCGACAAAAGCAUCGAUGGCAUUUGGUUGGCCAUAAUCCGUCGCCAUCUUCGCAAAAACCUCGCGCGCAGUGCGCUCCCGCUGACCAUCCAUAAAGAUUCCCUUGCGCAGAUUCUGGGUGAUGUAAACCCGCGCAAGACCCAGUGCCUUUUCAUUGGCAACGUCCCAUUGAUACUGGCUGUCACCAGUCGUUCCAGGACGCUCCAUAGAACCAGGGUUCGAGGUAGAUGUGCCGU